AUGUCAGCGCUAACGUUAUCUGACACCCGUUUGGCGGGUAUUCUCUCCGCGUGGAAAAAGGCUCAGCCCACGGCGGGGGGGUUUGACGUGGUGGGCUGCGUUUUUGGCGCGCUCACGCCGUCGACGCUCGAGAACCAGCGCAGCCAGGCUGUUCUGCAGCACCUCUUCAAUGCGCCGGCGACUGUGUGCGACGUCGCGGUGUUCUUCUCCUUCGAAAAACUUUGCGUCGUCCACAACGGCGUGCCGAUUGAACUGCCGCCGACCACCGACUCCUACGCGUAUACGGCUGUGCAGUACGACGAGACUUGCGCCGACGCCCUCGCGUCCUUCCUCGCGGGCGCCGCCGUGGGUCUCUGCCAGAAGGAGUUGGCCAUUCAAGAAGGGGAGUUCGCGUCGAGGCUCAUCCCGCUGCUUCGCAGCCUCAUCCCCGCGGAGCGGACGGUGGAGGUGGCGCCGCUCUUGGGCGAGUUCCUUUUCGUCAAGGACGAGGCGGCGCUGUCGUGCGUGGAGAAGGCGGCGGGCCUCUGCAGCGCCGUCUUCCGGCGGUUUGUCCGUGGGCUGAUCGAGGAGGAGCUGCAGAAGACAAACCCCAAGCCGCUAAGCUCUCUGCAGGAGGAGGUCGCGAAGAAGCUGCAGACGCCAAACACCGUGAAGGGUCUAGAGCGGCUAGACAUCUCCCAGUUUUCCAUCGCCUCUGGCCUGACGCCGUGUGUCAUGCACCGCGGGACCUACGAGGCCCAAAUUCAGCUCACGCAACUGAGCACCCAACCGCUGCGGGGCGACGUCAUUGUCGUCCGUUACGGCGUGAAGAACUGCGGCUACACUGCCUUCAUCGCUCGCACCCUCAUUGUGGAGGCCAAUGCGCCGCCCAAUGCGAAGGACGCGUAUCAGUUUCUCUACUCCGUCAGCGAAAAGGUGAUGGAGCUGCUGCGGGUGGGCACCACACUAAGCGAGGUGUACAGAGAAGCCAUAAGCUACGCCAGGGCCACCAACGAAGCCCUGGCCAAGCACUUACCAGCCUCCCUGGGCUUUUCCACGGGACUUAUGGUGCUUGAGGCUCGAGGUACCAUCUCCGAAAAAGGCACCGCGACUGUGGCCGACGGCAUGACAUUUGUCGUUCGUGUGACGCUUGAGGGGGUGCCGGAUGGCGGCGGGGAGAGUUUUGAUAUGGAGUUGGCCGACACCGCCACCGUCAAGGGCGGUGCGGCGCAGCUCAACACAAAGACCUCCCGCAAACUUGAGGAAAUCCUCUACGAUGCGGACGCGCAGGAGGAGGCUUUUAAUGCCACUACACGUGAGUUGAACAAGAUUACCCGUCAGGGGCAGAGCAGCGUCCCUCUCAUGUCAAGGGAAGCGGCUCGCGAUGAGAGACUCAAGUCGCUUUUGAGAGAAUUACACGCCGAGCUGAUAGCCGCCGGAGGAAAGAAGGCGACAGCGGCUGCAACGGAGGAGCUGCGCGUGUACGAGAUGGGCCGUCUUGCCUACGGGGAUAUUGCUCCGUAUUCAAAGGAUGGCUCCCUCCCGCCGCAGGCGCGGCACGGCAUCUAUGUGCAUGUGGAGAAGGAGGUUGUUUUCCUUCCUGUGUGCGGGGAGGUUGCGGCAUUCCACGCCUCCACCAUCAACAAAGUGGACGUGAAACCGGAGGGCGAAUACGUGACCUGCACCGUCACUUUUCACUCCCUGCAGGAGGCAAAUAUUGCGUAUCGGAUUCACCGAACAAAAAUUUUUCUAAAGGAGCUGAGCUAUCGCGCUCCGCAGGACGUCUUCUCGGAGUUGAAGAUCGCCAUCCAGGGGAUUCACCAGCGAAUCAAAAACCGAGACACGGAGCGACGGAGGAUAUCCACAACCGCGGGAGGCGCCAAACUAAACGUCACCCCCAACUCACUGCGACUGCCGCAGGUCAAAAUAAGACCGACAGCCACAACCGGCCGCCAAAACAAGGACUGUAUUGGUAAUCUUGAGCUGCACCAGAACGGACUUCGUUUCUCGUUCAUUGGUGGGGCACCAAUUGAUAUGUUGUUUGAGAACAUUAAACACGUCAUCUUCCAGCCGGCCGUCAACUCCAUCCGCGUUAUUUAUCAUGUCACUUUAAAGAAAGGCGUCGAGAUCGCACGCAAGAGCGUGGAUGAGGUGCAGUUUGUGGCCGACGUCAUGGAAAGCAGUGAGGCUGUCACGGGUGCCAGAAAGUCGUACGAUGAGGAAAUUGCGGCGGAAGAGCGUGAGCAAAUGCGCAUCAGUGAGACCAAUAAGCAAUUUAUGCGGUUUGCGCAGGCGGUGGAGAAGAUGAGUAACAUAAAAACACAAAUUCCCGUGAGUAACUUUUCCUUUGAGGGUGUGCAUGCCAAGGGGUUGACCACCUUCAAGGCCAACAGGGAGGUGCUCUGGGCGAUCUCCGACAGGCCGCCGUUCACGCAGCGGGUGGCGGAUAUUGAGGUGGUGUCGCUGGAGCGUGUGAUACCGGGCGGGUCGACGUUUGACAUGUCGCUUAUUUUUAAAGACUACAACAAGCCGGCGGUGACGAUCACGACCAUCCCGAGAAGCAGCUUGGAGGUGAUUAAGGACUGGUGCCUCGCAUCGCGGCUGUACUACAUGGAGACCUCUGUCAAUCCCAACUGGAAGGCUGUGCUCAAGACAAUCCUCGACGACGCGGAGUGGGAUCCGUGGCGGCCUGGCGCAGGGUGGGCGGUGCUCAACAACGACUUUGACGGCGACGAGGAGGACGAGGAGGAUUCCUACUCGGAGUCGGACGACUCAACGUACAACGAGGAGGAUGAUGAGGAGUCGGACGAGACAGGCAGCUCCUUCCUUGAGGACGAGGAGAGUGAGCCCGAUAGCAGCGACGACGAUGAUGAAGAAAGCGCGGUGAGCUGGGACGAGAUGGAGCGCCGCGCGGAGGCUCAGGACCGUAAACGCGGGUACACAUCAGACGACGAUAACGACAGGCCGCACAAGAGAGCUCGCGUGGGAAACGCAUCGAGGGCUGCGCCGCUUCCGACGAGGGGGAAGGCACCUCGCACACCAAACCCGGGUAGCGCAGUUCCACCUCCACGCAGAUUUUAA